GCUCCAGGAAGGACACAGCCAGUCAGAGGCGCGGGGCGCGGGGCGCGCGGACGCAUUGGAGGAAAACACUCGAGCCCCAAACGCACCAGCCUGGGGAGGCGCCGCACCUACUUCCCAAUAUAACCAACUACGGAGUGGGGGCGCGCUGGGUAGGACUCAAGGAACUGCUCUAUCUGAACUGUGCUGACGGGCAGGAGGAUGGGAGACAGGAAUUGAGAGUCACAGAAGAAGGACAGGGGAGUCUGGCAUCUCAUUGGUGACCUUCAAGGAUUGCUAUUUAGUGCCACUCAAGAUCUACUAGCAUCAUUUUUGCAUGACUACUGCAAAAGGAUAUCUUUACAGAAAUCAGUUCUUUUUUGAAGUUUAUAACUUGGACCCUGUUUUCAGAAAGCAGGGCAUUCUUUAAAGAAGAAACUUCAGAGCUAAACACACCGAGACACAAGAUAUCCUAGUAACCAAGGAUGGCUUCCUCUUGGAAACUAAUUCUGCUUCUGUCAGUAGCUGGGUGUCUUUCAGAAUAUUCUGGAGCUCUUCCUAAUUUCCCUACUUCAUAUGCUGCUUUGUUAAGAAUUAAAAAGAGUUCAUCUUCAUCCCUCUUUGGUUCAAAGACCAGACUGAGAUACAGUAAUCCUUUAUUAGGAACACUGAGUGUUUCUUCACCAAGUUGGCGAGGAACAGCUCAACAUUAUUAUUCCCCCAUCAAUCUUUAUCAUCCCUCAGAUGCCUUCAAACAAGAUGAAAGUGUGGACUAUGGGCCAGUGUUUGUACAAGAACCAGAAGAUAUAAUUUUCCCGACUGAUUCCGAUGAAAAGAAAGUAGCAUUGAACUGUGAAGCUCGUGGCAACCCAGUUCCCAAUUACAGAUGGCUUCGAAAUGGAACAGAAAUAGAUUUGGAAAGUGAUUAUCGCUACAGUUUGAUCGACGGGACUUUCAUUAUAAGUAAUCCAAGUGAAGCAAAGGAUUCUGGUCAUUAUCAGUGUUUAGCAGCCAACACUUUUGGAAGUAUUCUUAGUAGAGAAGCCAUACUUCAAUUUGCCUAUCUGGGAAAUUUUAGUGGCCGGACAAGAAGUGCAGUCUCUGUGAGGGAAGGCCAGGGGGUUGUUCUGAUGUGCUCUCCUCCGCCUCAUUCACCAGAGAUCAUCUAUAGCUGGGUAUUUAAUGAGUUCCCUUCCUUUGUGGUGGAGGACAGCCGGCGGUUCAUUUCCCAGGAGACAGGCAAUCUGUAUAUUUCUAAAGUCCAAUCAUCAGAUGUUGGCAGCUAUAUUUGUCUGGUGAAAAACACAGUGACUAAUGCUCGAGUACUUAGUCCUCCAACGCCACUCACUCUACGUAAUGAUGGUGUGAUGGGAGAAUAUGAGCCGAAAAUUGAGGUCCAUUUUCCUUUCACAGUUACAGCUGCUAAGGGAACAACUGUUAAGAUGGAAUGCUUUGCACUUGGCAACCCAGUUCCAACAAUCACAUGGAUGAAGGUUAAUGGUUAUAUUCCUAGUAAGGCACGUCUGCGGAAAUCUCAGGCAGUCCUGGAAAUACCCAACGUUCAGCUGGAUGAUGCAGGCCUAUAUGAGUGCAGAGCUGAAAACUCACGUGGAAAAAAUUCCUUUCGUGGACAGUUACAAGUAUACACUUAUCCACACUGGGUGGAAAAACUGAAUGACACUCAGCUGGACAGUGGGAGCCCUCUUCGAUGGGAAUGCAAGGCUACUGGAAAACCCCGACCCACAUACCGUUGGCUGAAGAAUGGAGUGCCCCUCUUGCCUCAGAAUAGGAUUGAGAUGGUUAAUGGAUUAUUGGUGAUCCACAAUGUGAAUCAGUCGGAUGCUGGAAUGUAUCAGUGUUUGGCCGAAAAUAAAUAUGGAGCCAUUUAUGCAAGUGCUGAGCUGAAAAUUCUAGCUUCGGCUCCUACUUUUGCAUUGAAUCAACUGAAGAAAACAAUAAUUGUUACCAAAGGCCAAGAAGUCAUCAUAGAGUGCAAACCUCAAGGCUCUCCAAAACCAACCAUCUCUUGGAAGAAGGGAGACAAAGCAGUGAGAGAGAAUAAAAGAAUAGCUAUUCUUCCAGACGGAAGUCUACGGAUCCUAAAUGCUUCUAAAUCUGAUGAGGGAAAGUACGUUUGCCAAGGGGAAAACAUCUUUGGUUCUGCUGAAAUCAUAGCCUCAGUAUCUGUAAAAGAACCUACAAAAAUAGAACUAACUCCUAAAAGAACAGAGUUAACAGUGGGAGAAAGCAUUGUCCUUAAUUGCAAAGCAAUUCAUGAUGCUAGUUUGGAUGUUACUUUCUACUGGACACUAAAAGGACAGCCUAUUGAUUUCGAGAAAGAAGGUGGACAUUUUGAAAGCAUCAGGGCCCAAGCAUCCUCUGCAGAUUUAAUGAUCAGGAACAUCCUUCUGAUGCAUGCUGGGAGAUAUGGCUGCAGGGUACAGACCACAGCAGACAGUGUGUCAGAUGAGGCAGAACUUCUGGUUAGGGGUCCCCCAGGCCCACCAGGCAUAGUGAUUGUUGAGGAAAUCACAGAAAGCACAGCCACACUGUCCUGGAGCCCAGCAGCUGACAACCACAGCCCAAUCUCCUCCUACAACCUGCAGGCUCGAAGCCCAUUCUCCCUGGGCUGGCAAACAGUAAAAACAAUCCCAGAAAUUAUAACAGGGGACAUGGAGUCAGCUAUGGCAGUGGACCUUAACCCUUGGGUGGAAUAUGAAUUUAGAGUGGUAGCCACCAAUCCAAUUGGGACUGGAGAUCCAAGCACCCCAUCUCGAAUGAUCCGCACAAAUGAAGCAGUUCCAAAGACAGCACCCACCAACGUAAGUGGAAGAAGUGGAAGAAGGCAUGAGUUAGUCAUAGCCUGGGAGCCAGUAUCUGAAGAGUUUCAGAAUGGGGAAGGCUUUGGCUAUAUUGUGGCUUUCAGGCCCAAUGGAACACGUGGCUGGAAGGAAAAAAUGGUGACAUCCUCUGAAGCUUCAAAAUUCAUUUAUCGAGAUGAAAGUGUUCCUCCUCUUACUCCCUUCGAAGUGAAGGUUGGUGUUUAUAACAAUAAAGGAGAUGGACCUUUCAGUCAGAUUGUGGUUAUCUGCUCAGCAGAAGGAGAACCCAGUGCUGCUCCCACAGAUGUCAAGGCUACAAGUAUGUCUGUGUCAGAGAUUCUUGUUGCAUGGAAACAUAUUAAAGAGAGUCUAGGAAGACCACAAGGAUUUGAGGUUGGUUAUUGGAAGGACAUGGAAAAAGAAGAUGCAGCAGAAACAGUCAAAACUAGAGGGAAUGAGUCCUCUCUCAUUCUGACAGGAUUAGAAGGAGAUACUUUAUAUCACUUCACUGUGAGGGCUUAUAAUGGAGCUGGAUAUGGGCCACCUAGCAGUGAAGUGAGUGCAACCACCAAGAAAUCCCCCCCUAGUCAAGCACCCAGAAAUCUCAGGUGGGAACAGCAAGACUCUCAACUUUCUCUGGGCUGGGAACCAGUCAGACCAUUAGCCAAUGAAUCUGAAGUCAUGGGCUACAAGGUUUUUUAUAGGCAAGAGGGGCACAGCAAUAGUCAAGUUAUUGAAACACAGAAAUCUCAAGCAGUAGUACCACUGCCAGAUGCUGGAGUCUAUAUUAUUGAAGUUCGAGCAUACAGUGAAGGAGGGGAUGGGACAGCUAGUACCCAAAUUAGGGUACCAUCCUAUUCAGGUGGGAAAAUCACUAGUGCCCAGUCGACCCUCCACACACUCUCCCCAUCUUCAUCAUCGGUAACAUUGCUCUUGGCAUUGAUGAUUCCCUCAACCUCUUGGUGAAAACUACAGACUUACCUUGCUUUGCUUUGCUUUAGACUGAAUAUAGCAGUGAAUAGAGUGUAGUGUAAGUGGAGACACAGGACCCUGAGAUGAGCUUUAAAAACUUGGGACUACACAUGGUGCACUUACAGGAGGUUGGGGGGAAUAUUAUUUAACCUUCAGGUUUCUCUUUGGUUUUGUAAAUGGAGAGGACAGUUCUUGGUCCAAUAAAAUAUGCAGAUUGUAUGUAAUGAAUUUUUUGUAAGCAAAGGUAAUUUCUGUCAAAUGUAUUCUUUACUUUUUUAAUAUGUUGGAAUUUGAUUUUAUAUCUGAUGACCCUGAGUGUGUGCCAUCCAUUUGUUAAGUAAGUUGUCUCUAGCAGAUAUGUUUCAAACACAAAUACAAAACUGAAAAUGAAAAGUUUGCUAAAAGAUUCUGAGUCUACUGUUUUUCAUUUUCCCUUUGGCUAACUAUCCCAAUUGACAAAAUUGUAGAAGAUAUGAAAAAAAAAAUACUUCGGUUGUGUAAUCCAUUAUAGAAUAAGUACACAAAAGUUUUUUUGAAAAAUAUUGUGUUACCUCAUAGUGAAUUAGCAAAAUUUGUCAAUAUAUUAUUCUAUAUAUAUCCCUAGAACAAGUUAUUAGGAUAGGGAAUAAGCCAUUUACAUUAGUGCAAGGUAAAUAGAAAGCAAGUCCCAAUGAAUUUAAGUGCUGUUUUUCAUUAAUUACUAUGUUAUCUAAUAAUUGCAAUAGCUAUGCCUAUGACAAAUGCUUAAUUUUAAUAGCAAAAGAUUAAAGUCACAAAAAAAAUAUGGUCACUAGAAACCAUAGUCACUGAUAUGCUGCCAAGGGUGCUAACUUGAAAACAAAAUGAAUUCAGGACAGAGCUUUCCCAUUUCCCACCUACUGCCCAAAUAGAUGUUGAAUUAAGUCCAAAUUUUUUUUAAAUUGCCAACAAUUUUAAGGACAAUGGAAAUCCACUGUGCAAAUAAUAAUGCAUACAUAUAUAGUCUGUGAGUUAAAAUGUUUCAAGCCAACAAGUAAAUUUUGAUUCUUUAAACACUUCCAUGCAUCACAUACCACUUACAAAAUGUUACCAAUUACUAAAAUAAAAAGGACCUCUUGAAUAAAUUGAUUUUUUAAUUAAGC